CUGGUGGGUGGGACUGGGAAGGCGCGGGGGCGGGCCAAGAGUUUGCACUGGGUUAAACGUGACCCCGCGGGACGCUAGGCGGAGGACCUGGGCCGCGGGAGGACAUGGCAGCUGUGAGGCCAGGCCUGGGCCGAGUCCACCCCGGAUCGUCCAUCCUGUUCCUGUGUGACAUGCAAGAGAAGUUCCGCCAUGUUGCAUAUUUCCCACAGAUUGUCUCUGUGGCAGCCCGCAUGCUCAAGGUGGCCCGGCUGCUGGAGGUGCCAGCUGUGCUGACAGAGCAGUACCCACAAGGCCUGGGCCCCACAGUGCCUGAGCUGGGAGCGGAAGGCCUACGACCACAGCCCAAGACCUGCUUCAGCAUGGUGCCCGCAGUGCGGCAGGAGCUGGACGCGCGGCCCCAGCUGCGCUCCGUGCUCCUCUGUGGCAUUGAGACACAGGCCUGCAUCUUGAACACAACCCUCGACCUCCUGGACCAGGGGCUGCAGGUCCACGUGGUGGUGGAUGCCUGCUCCUCCCGCAGCCAGGUGGAUCGGCUGGUGGCUCUGACCCGGAUGCGACAGAGUGGCGCCUUCCUCUCCACCAGUGAAGGGCUCAUUCUGCAGCUUGUGGGUGACGCCGCCCACCCCCAGUUCAAGGAGAUCCAGAAGAUCAUCAAGGAGCCCGCCCCGGACAGCGGGCUGCUGGGCCUCUUCCAAGGCCAGAACCCCCUCUUCCGCUGAACCUCCGACCCCGCCUUGAGGGAGACCACCGUCCUUCACCGGGACCUCAGUGGAGGCCUCUCCCCCGUCCGCGGAUCCCAAGUGUGGUGCAGUCCACCGGGAGUGCCGCCCCUCGGGCGGGGAGGCGGGGUGCUGCCUUGCCAUUGGGCGGUAGCUCGCGGAAAUGCAAAUGAGGCUCCUGGAGCUGG